UGGCGUUUGGCGUGACGAAGCUUUCCGAUACAUUUCCACCAAUAGCGAGGCGAAAGAAAUGAUCAACAUGGCGGCACUAGCGGCGUUUGGUUGUUUUAGGGUGCUGAGGUCUUGCAGGCGGAGCAGCUGUUCUCUUGCUAUCUGGCAUCUAAUGAGAAGCCCAUUCUGUGCCAUGCAAAACAGAGCUUGUAUGCCAAGGAUAAGAAUACAGUGGAAAACAUCCUCUGCCUCUGGAGAGACCCAGAGUUAUUCUAGUGAUGGGCAGAUCUAUCUCAGUGAGAGCUGUGUGAAGAGGCUGUUGGAGAUUGCAGAAGGGUCUGAGUUUCUCAGGCUGCAGGUAGAAGGAGGUGGCUGUUCAGGUUUCCAGUACAAAUUUUCCUUGGAUACAGUUGUCAAUUCUGAUGACAGAGUUUUUGAGCAAGACGGUGCCAGAGUGGUUGUGGACGUGGACAGCCUAAGCUUUGUGAAAGGUGCAAUGGUGGACUUCAACCAGGAGCUAAUUCGCAGCUCGUUCCAAGUAGUGAACAAUCCACAGGCAGAACAAGGUUGUUCUUGUGGGUCAUCUUUCUCAGUUAAGCUCUGAUCAAACUCCUCCAUGUGGACUGAAGGAUGAAGAAAAGUUCCUUUUGUUGUUGUUGCCUAUUCUCCAGUUGGGCUGAAUAGCUGGUUUAGUCUGUUGUACCCUAUUGUGAAAGAAACAACCUUAGGCAAGAAUCAGUCAAGAACUGAUUCAUCCAUUUGGUGUCUGUGAAUCUCCAAGUCUUUGCUUUAGAGGAAGGAUGGUGAGGGCAGAUCUGGGCAAACAGCCUCUGUUGUGAUGUCAUGUACUAUUUAUUAAAAUAUUUUCUGAUUUUUAAUUUUAAAA